UAAUCCGUCAAAUGCUGUAUAUGUUUGUUGAUUAACAAGUUGUGAACAAGUUCUUCGGUGUUUUGAAGUAAUUUUCACCUCAAUUGUUUGAAUCAACGUUUGAAACUGCGGAAUCUACGUAUAACCUUAAAAAAAUGGCAUCAAUUCAAGAACGCUUACAAAGAAAGCGUGAACCACUGGAUAAAUGGUCUAUAAGAGAACAAUUAUGCCUAUCAUUUGCUGUGGCGAAGGUAGGCGACCAGAACUGGAUGUCCGUCUGCAGAAGUCUGAAACCUUUUGGUGAGGGCAGACCUGCUGAUUGGUUCCACCAGAAAAAUUGUGCUGCACAGUAUGGAGCCUUGCUUGAAAACAUUGAUACACCAAAAAGGAAGAAAAGAAGCUCAGGUGUGGAGGCUUUGGAAUCACCAGCAGAUAUCAUUUUAAAGAAGCUCAUUCAAGAAAGGAUGCUUGAAAUGAAGAAACUCAUGGAACAAGAGAAGGCAGAAUAUAAAAAGUUGCAGGAAGAGAUGACUUUACUCAGGAAUGGAAGUAUAACAGAAGAACAACUUGACCAAAUGUGCCAAGAAAUUGAUGAAGAAGUAGCUCAGAAAGAAAAAGAAGAUAUUGCACAUGCACAAUGGCUGAAUGAACGCGAGAAACGCAAAGAGGAAAUCGAACGGGCUUGGAGGCCUACAUUAAAAAUGCCGAUGACGAUGACACAAGCCGGUCAAAAACGAAAAGCGUCGGAUUCCAUUGAUUCAAUGCUGCAUGGCGAUAAUGAGGGAGAAGCAAAACCAACGCCUGAAACACCAACAAAACCUGCACUUUCUCCGUUAUUAACAAGCUUGUUAAAAUCGCCGUCACAUUCACAAAAUGUUGCGACAUCAUCAAUACUACAUUCCGCUAUUACCAGUAAUCAACGGCCAGUUAACUCCAGCACGAAUCCUACCAUCGCUAGCCUGCUGUCUUCAUCAGCGUCAGUUCAGGUAUCACCUGGAAUUCAGCAGUUGGUAAGCACUGCCAUUGCUCAAGAGCCCUCACAGCAACAGUCACAGAAAGAUACAAUUUCCGAAUUGUUAGACAAUGCAAACGAUUUUCCAAAUUUAGUAGAAGACAUUGAAAACACAAUAUUGCAAGUAGGCGAUGGUGAUCUGCCCGAAAUCAAAAACGAAGAAGUUGAUGUGAUUAUUAGUGAUCUGAUUGAGAAUGCGGACAUUGUGAAUGAUCCGGAAACUGAUUUAUUAGAUGGCGAUGAUAUUAUCAGCAACUUGGAGAGUGAGUUGGAAGAGUUGGAUAAUAAGGAAAAAGCGGAGAAGGCUGAGUUGGAAGCAGAAAAACAAAAGCAACAAGUGCAACAGGCGAAAACCGUUGAUACCAAGCCGCCUGUGAAGGAACCCGAGAUUGAUCCAUUUGAAUUCCAAGAGGAUCCGGAGUUUGAGGUGAAACUGUCGAGGAGUACAAGUAACAGUGUGCAGACUGUAGUCACUUCAACAUCAAACAACUCCGAAGUGCCGGUUGAUUCUCCUUCGAUUGAGUCAUCAGCAAGUGAAGAGGUGACUACUGAGCCAUUCGAAGAGGAUAGUAGCAGCGUUGGAACUGGGGUGGCCGUUGAAGAAACAACGAAAGAAGUAGUUGAAGUAAAACAGGAAAAUCCAGAAACAGUGGGUGGAAGUGUAGAAAUUGUUGAAGUGGUUGUAAUGGACGAUGAAGAUAUCAGCAAAGAUCUAGACAAAACUCAGAUUGAAGACAUUGUCCAUUCAUCAACAAUCACAUCUACAAGUACAACAAAAGCAAUUGAUGUUACAGCCGAUUUAGCAAUAAAAGAAGAACCUGUUGAAACGCCAGAAAAAACUGAAGAUAAAGUUCCGGAUACUGAAGCGGAUGAAGUUAAUACUGAAUCUACGAAUAAAAAUCAAACUGUUGAAGUUGAGGAUCUUCCUCUUGAAAAAUCAUCAGACCAGAGUUUGGAAUCGUCUGAAGUUUUAUCGGAGAAUGAGUUGAAGAAAGAGACACCCGAUCCAGAACUGAAAGUAACACGCGACACAUUCACUCCUGAUUAUAGAGAGGAUAUUUAUGACGAGAAUAUUGAAGUCACGAAGAUAGACAAAACGAAAGCAAAGCGAGAUUAUUCGCGAACGAAGAAAAAGGACGAGUCUGAUUUUGAUAUUCUGUUGGCAGUGGAACAAGCCGUGAAUGCAAAUAUAGAGGAAGAGGUUGACAGUUCAUCCGAACAAGAAGAACCAAAGAAACCAGCGGCAUUAUUAAAAGUCAAGACUGAAAAUGAAACUUCAAAUAGUCCUUGGACUGAAGAAGAACCCGAAGUUGAACCAGAACAAGAACAAGAGCAGGAUACAAGACCCAAUACUAGACGAUACUCAACACCAGCCACACCAAUUGAUUCCGUUCCAAAUUCACCUGCAAGUUCGUACUUUGAAGACGAUAGAGAUUAUCGUAGUUGGAAGAAGUCGCUGAUGCUGGUUUACAGUAGAUUGUCAAAUCAUAAGUACGCAUCGUUGUUUCAAAAGCCAAUCACCAACGAGCAGGUCCCUGGUUAUCAUAAACUUGUUAAGCGCGCGAUUGAUUUGAGUACGAUCAAAAAGAAUAUUGAAUCGGGGGUUACUCGAACCACAGCGGAAUUUAAACGUGAUCUAUUGUUGAUGUUUAACAAUGCUAUCAUGUAUAACAAGACUAAUGAUACGGUGUAUAACAUGACGAUGGACAUUCAGCAGGAGGCGGUCGAACAAAUAAAGAUUUUGUUGCAAGCGCAGACGGAUACAUCUGCGCCGGCGCGCAGGGAGACGCGUACAAGCGAAGGUCCUGGAAGCAAACGCAAGCGGGACUCGGAGAGUAUACAAAUGCAAGUGAAGAGUAAAAAGCGGAAAGACGAUUAGUUUAGUUUCUAAUUCUAUUUAUGUUUUGUAAGUAUUGUAUGAUUAGUUUCUUUACGUCUUUGGCGUAUCCUAAUUGUCUACACUAUUAAUAUUAAAAUUUGAAUUUAUGUGAUGAUUAUAGUAAAACUUUAACAACAAAAAAUGGCUGCUGCAAUUUUAUGAGUCCACACCGUCACGAUGUAAACAGCCAACGAUCAAACCAGUAAUAUCAGUUUCUAUGAUAUACAUUUCUAAUUAUACCAAUAACGUUGUUCUGCUCCAAGAUACAACAAUAUAAAUUAAAGUUUUUUUGAAAUUGC